AUGCCUGUCAGUAACUGCGAAGUAGGACUCCUCAUAGGAUAUGAUUGUUCUAGGGCUCUUCUUCCUAGAGAGAUAAUUGCCCCAGAUGGCGACGGUCCUUAUGCCCAGAGGACAGAUUUAGGUUGGGGUAUCGUAGGUAUAGUGGGUUCCGAUAAUGUGCACAGUUGUAACGAUGAAAUUGGAGUUAGUCAUCGUAUUGUUUCCUGUGAAGUUCCCCACAAUUUGGUUUCUGGUCCUACUCAUAUGCUAGUGUCUCUCCGAAACAGCGUUAAAGAACUUGUUAACCCACAUGAGGUUGCGAAAAUGAUGGAACUAGAUUUUAGUGAAUGUUCCAGUUCUUGUGAUAUUUCUAUGUCUCGAGAAGACCAAAAAUUUAUAUCUUUGUUGCAAGAAGGUAUUCACAUGACAGAUGGUCAUUAUGAAAUGCCGUUACCGUUCAAAGAUUUUGUUCCUGUUCUACCCGAUAAUAGAUCCUUAGCUUUUCAUCGUCUUGGUCAAUUGGGAAAAAGACUUGCCAAGGAUGACUUAUACCAAACCCAGUAUACUGCAUUUAUUGAAGACAUGAUCAAGAAGGGUUAUGCUGAGAGGGUCCCAAUGGAAGAUAUUGACCGUAAGGAUGGCCACGUGUGGUAUAUUCCACACCAUGGUGUGUUCCAUCCGCAGAAGCCUGACAAGAUCAGGGUGGUUUUUGACUGUAGUGCUCAGUUCAAGGAUAAAUCUCUUAAUGGUCUUUUACUCCAGGGUCCAGAUUUAAUAAGUAAUCUGAUCGGAGUUCUUUGUAGAUUUAGGAAGGAAGUUGUGGCCUUCACUUGCGACAUCCAACAAAUGUUCCACCAAUUCAGGGUAAAUCCAGAACAUCGGGAUUUCUUGAGGUUUUUGUGGUGGAAGGAUGGAGAUCUUAAUGGUGAUGUUGAAACAUAUCACAUGAAUGUCCACCUUUUUGGCGCGGUUUCGUCUCCUGGAUGUUCAAAUUUUGCUCUUAAACAGGUUGCUUCUGAUUACGAAGCUGAGUUUGGGUCUGAUUGUGCAAGUUUUAUCAGGAGAGACUUUUAUGUUGAUGACGGAUUAAAGUCCGUGCCCUCCGUGAACGAUGCUAUUAGUUUGAUAAAUCGGAGCAAAGAAAUGUGCAGUAAAGCUGGUUUACACUUGCACAAGUUUCAAUCCAGUUCAAAGGAUGUACUUAAUCACAUACCUGUUGAUGAUAGGUCUAGUUGCCUUAGAGAUGUCGAUUUGCUGCGAGAUGAUUUGCCUGUUGAGCGUACUCUUGGUAUACAAUGGUGUGUGGAAUCGGAUACCUUCCAGUUCCGUAUCACUCUAAAGGACAAUCCGUUUUCCCGUCGUGGUGUUUUGUCCACAUUGAGUUCUGUUUAUGAACCUCUUGGCUUUCUAGCUCCUGUGAUUUUGAUAGGCAAACAGCUUCUUCAGCAAAUGUGUAGAAAUAACACUGAUUGGGAUAGUCCUUUAUCUGAUGAUUUUAAGCCCCUGUGGGAGAGAUGGAGACAUGACAUCUUGCAGUUGCAUUCCUUGCAGGUGCCAAGAUUUCACAUCUUUGUCGCAAAUAGAGUACAGGAGAUUCGGAACCAUACAGAACCAAAUCAGUGGAAAUUCGUUAAAAGUGCUGACAAUCCAGCCGACAUUGCAUCUAGAGGUGCGUAUGCUCAAGAAUUGUUAGAAUCCUCUUGGUUCACUGGUCCAAAAUUCUUGUGGGAGCCUUCCAUACCUUCUGUUAAUGAUGAUACCGAGAUCAGAAACUUGUCUCCUGAUGAUCCAGAAGUUAAGAAAUCUAUUGUUCAUACUUCUUUAGCCAUAUGUGCUCAUUCCAGUAUUCUUGAACGAAUAGGAUAUUUUUCUGAUUGGACUCGUGCGAAGAAGGCAAUUGCGGUCUGCCUUAGGUUUAAGGAAAUGCUUGUCAAACGUUCUAUCAAGAGGUGUUCCAAUGUGUCAUGUAAGUUUGAUGUUGAGCUGCGUUUAAAAAAUUAUCAUCCAGUUCAGGUGAACAAGGUUCAAUCAGCCGAAAGAGAAAUCAUAAAGUUAGUGCAGAAAGAUGCUUUCAGCGAUAAGCACGAAUUAUUGUCAGCAGUUGUCAAGUCUCAGAACAAAAAUUCAAAUUUAAAGCAUUUUAAUGUUUUGCAAAAAGGUUCUCCGAUUUUCAAGUUAGACCCUUAUAUGGAUGGGGAAUGUAUCAUUAGAGUUGGCGGUCGUCUAGCUAAUUCGCAGUUUUCUCUUAGCGAGAAACAUCCCAUUAUCUUACCCAGGAAGGGACAUGUAUCUGAUCUGAUUCUUAGACAUUUCCAUGAGAGAGUAAAACACCAAGGUCGGGGAAUGACCAUAAAUGAAAUCAGAGCAAAUGGUUUCCAUGCAUUUAAACCGCUUACACAUUUUCUCCCCUAA